UUUUCUGGCACUGCGUUGGCGGCUAUAAUUUCAGUUUGAAUUUUUCGACCCUCUACUAUGCUUUGAUGCUUCACUGUUUCUUUAAAUAUAUCAUUCUACAUGUUUUUAAUUUUCACAGAUCUUCAUCUUCUUCAAGCAGUUCAUCAUCCUCCGAUUCGUCCUCUUCAAGUUCUUCCUCUUCAGCUUCUGAAGAAAAACAUGGAAAAUCAUCAAAAAAACACCAACAACAUAAACCUUCACUUACAGCUUCAUCAGUUUCUUCAUUAAAAAAUAAAGGAGGAAAUGUUGAAGUUCACCACCAUUCUUUGGAUAAAUUGGUACGUGAAAUAAGCAGUGCUGAAAGCGAUAAUGACGACAAUAAGAAAGUUUAUUCAAACAAUUAUAAUAGCAGCAAUAAAAAGAAAAUAAUAAAAAGGGAGGUAAAGGAAGAGAUGUUUGAUAUAGAUGAAUUACAACAACAUAAACACCCUCCUACAUUGUCGUUUAAGGAAAUUUGCAAUAAUAAUAGUAUUGAGGUGAAAACUGAAGCAAAAUAUGUUGAUGAAGUGACAAAAGGAGAUAAAAUGCAACAAACUAGUAGCAGUACAAAACGUCGCGAGCAGCUUCUUCGUAAAUUGCAAAAUGUAGAACAAGCCAUUGCUAGACAAAAGCAAAUGAAAAGAGAAGGAGGUAGUAAUAAUGUUUCUACAUCUUUAGAUGAAAAAAGGUCAAAAUUGUCUUCAACUAGUUCAAAUUAA